AUGCCGCCUGCGUGGUACCUGGACUCAGCACGAGUGGCAAUCAUAGAGGAGACCAUCAAGAAGGAGAACAAGAUCCAGCGGAAGCACCUGGAACACGAGGUCGCCGCCGGCCGCAUCCCCGCCUACAACCCGCCCAGCCCGCCGCCGCCGCUGUCAGUCCUCGACCAGGUCGGGCUGCCGGCCUUCACGCGCGCCGCCAAGCGCGACCCGGAGCUGGUGAUGGGGACGACGAUGUCGAAGAGCAUCUGGACGUGCAACCCGGGCUACGUGCUGCGCGAUGGCGCGCGGAUGGCGAGCACGACGCAUUCUGACUAUGUGUGGGACGACGAGGCGGUGGAGUUUCUGAAGCAGACCGGGGCGUUUGACCGGUCAUACUUCAAGCGGCGCGACGAGUUUGUGGAAUAUGUUGAGAAGGCCAUCAAGCUGCACCACAACCUCGGGCACAGGGACGGCGUCGGCGGCGCUGCCGGCGGCGGCAACGGCAAGAAGUGA